AUGGAUUUGCGGUUUGAGGCAUUGGGGAGAAGAUGCACCUUCAUGACAAGGCUGCACGCAAAGAUGCUCAUCUACAUCUUGAUUGACUUGGAAGCAGAAAUCAACGAUGGUACGAUGUGGGCAAAACUCCUCAGCCUCGUUAAAGACGGCCACCUGCUAGGCUGCGGGUCCGGAUCCGGGAAGGACACGGACAUCAGUGAUAUGGGCAUUGUGAAGGGCCACGCCUAUUCCCUUCUGCGAGUGGAGGAGGUAGAGGGAAACAGAUUGGUGCAGCUGCGCAAUCCAUGGGGAUCUACUGAAUGGAAAGGAAAGUGGAGUGAUGGCGACAAAGAUAGUUGGACGCAGAAGAUGAAGAAAAAGCUGGGCUAUGUGAAUGCCAACGACGGCUCCUUCUGGAUGGCCUUCGAAGACUUCGUGAACCACUACCGCUGUGUGUACAUUUGUCGACUUUUCGAUGACAGCUGGAAUCGUGUUUUCGUUAAUUCUGAGUGGAGAGGCGAAACCGCAGGCGGUUGUCGAAACUAUCCGACCUACGACAAGAAUCCCAAGAUUCAGCUGAGCAUCAAGGGACGUGUGAACCUCAUCCUCACCUUGGAGCAAGCAGACUCGCGUGGUGGAUUUGACGGCGACGAAGAGAUACCUAUCGGUUUCAGGGUCUACCGGGAUCGCAGCCUUUCCGGGAACGGAGUCUGCGGCACGUCGACCUAUGCCUACGACAGGGAGCUUUGCGUGGAUGUCGAGCUGACGGAGAACACAGCUGGCCCCUACAUCAUUCUUCCCACCACCUUCAAACCGAAUAUGGAGAGAGGCUUCAUUUUGAAGGCGUUCUGGAAAGGUGCCCCAGAUGUGGAAGCUCUGGCCCGUCGCCGAGCGGAUCUCGCGCCGAGCCACCUCUGGCUGAAGGCUGCUUCAAAAGUCGCUCUUCAAGGCGAAUACAUCAAGGUCCCGAACCGGCUUGAGCGCGGCCAGGCCUUGUGGCAGCAAGCCGCAGGCCCUGGCUGGCUCUACAGCACAUCAGGCGGCCGGUGGUUCGUGACGGAUCGCGAGGAAGGGAUUGCCUCCAACACCGGUCUCCUGGCCUCCAACGCCCUGCAUCACGGGCGGCUCCCCCAGGAGACGGAGAAGUGGCAGGAGUUUGUGGAUGGGGCAUGGCAGCUGGCACCGUCCGUCCUCGUAGUUGCAGAUGUGGAGUGCCUUCAUAUCAGGGGCAUCUCCAUGACGGCCGAGAUGGAGGGCGACCUCGAGGUGCGGCACCCCCUCGCACAUGCGAUUUUGUUGAGAAGUCUCGGCAUGUUUAAGCAGACACUGUACAUAGUCGGCUCCAUGUUCAUGGCCAGUGAGCCAUGCCGGCUGCCCUGGCUGCAUGUGCACACUGUGCAUCAGCCACGGCGGCCAGAUUCGGCUUUCAGUGGCGCUACCGUGAAUCGGAUAUCUCGGCUAUAUGCUCUCCUGCUACUCCGACAAGGCAGAGCGAGACUACGUGCAGUCCGCGUUGGCGGCGCACGGAGACGCGAGGCCAGAUCUUCCACAGUCGCUGACCAGAAGGUGGCUUUGGUGAUUGGAUUCAUCGGCUCCAGAUACCACGGAUUGCAGAUCCACUAUGACGAGGCUGUCACCAAAGCUGUGACCAUUGAGUGGCUCCUGCGAGGGGCCUUGCUGUCCUCCGGCGCUCUGGAGGAAUCCAAAGCAACAAGCCUAGAGCGCAAUGCAGAAUGGAGGCACUCCAGCCGAACAGAUGCUGGUGUCCACGCAUGCAGACUGGUCAUCACGGCUCGUUUGGCUGUGGGGCGACCGGAUGAAAAGGGACACUAUCCAUGGCUCGUGUCGCAGCUAAACGACCUACUGCCAGAUGAUGUGAUCGUGUUUGCUGCCCGGCUGGUUCCCAGCAGCUUCGACGCUCGGUAUUCCUGCUCCUGGCGCGAGUACGACUACAUCGUGCCCGCCAGUGCUUUGGUCAACCAGGACGCGACACCGACGGGCAGUGACGCCCUGCAAUCCGUGCGCAGACUGCUGCAAGUCUUCGUUGGUCGGCACUGUUUCCACAACUUCACCCGCCUCCGCGGCAGCCGAAGCCGAAGCCGUGCAGGAGAGCCAACGCUGCACUCCGUGGACAGCUUCCGCCGAACGGAAUCCAAGCUUGAGGCGUGCGACGCCCAAGUUUUGCAUCUCCCAGGCCCUACAGAGGACUUCAUCCACAUUCUCUUGCAGGGCAACCGCUUCCUGUAUAACCAGAUCCGGUACAUCAUUGGGGCUGUUGCAGCUGUGAGCGCCGGCUACUUGCCUGAGCCCUCGCUGCGGGCCGCACUGUGCAGUUCUGCCAGGUUCCGAUUCCCUGUCGCCCCAAGCUGCGGGCUGCUGCUGCGGACGAGCGGCUUCACAGGCACAAGACAAAAUCCGUGUGAUGUCGCAAUGGACCAAGAGCAGGUGUUCAGUCGGAUGCUGCCAAUGACUACGCGGCUUUUGCUGGACGGGCCUACAUCAGCGGAGGCGCAGGCCUUUGAAAAGCGGGUGCUUGCAGAAGCUGCAGCUAGCUGGCAGAAGGACACAGUGGAGAGCUUCCGGCUGUCCUUGAUGCGGGCUCGCUGUCCAGACGAGGACCUCGAGCGCCUCUGCGCAACUCCACGCCACCUGCAGCCCCGUGCGUUGGCCAGUCGCAUGUGCAGUGCCACUGCCCGAGAGGGUAUGGCUUGUCUGCCCCGAGAGGGAGGAUCUCGAGGCCACAGAUGUGGGAAGGUGUUGGGGCGCAAGUCGUCGCUUCAACGUCGUACUGUACUCACCGGCUCAAGCGUUGCAGCGCCGACCCGUCCCGCGCCGACCGGCGCAUCGGCCACUUUUCCUGGUAUGCUUGCACCAGGUGCCGUGGGCGGCCUCGGUGAUCCUGCAUGGAAGAGGUAUUUUGUGGAGAAUGCCGUCGUUGAACCUCUUGCGUCAGCCAUGCCGACUUCAGUGUUUUUGCCACCUGGCCUCCUAGCCACACGGGCUAUUCUUGCGGACAAGACGCAGGAAGUAGCCUCGGCGCCGAUGGCGAGUCCGGGCUAUGUGUCUGUCGACAGGCCACUGGCGCUGACCCUCUUGGAGCGAGGCCUCUUUGUGGCACAGGCCGACCCGGCCCCGUGCCCAAAGCCACGGAUCUCGGAUGUAGCUUGUGUUGCCAAGCUGGCCCGCAGCCCGAAUGGGACCGAUGUUGUCAGCAAGUUUCUCAGCUCCAACCCCACUGCUGCGCCAAUGCUGGUGUCGGCGCUUCUCCCCGAAGUGGCAUGCUUGGCCAGUCACCCUUAUGGCGCGGGCGUUGUCAGCGAGCUUUUCUGCCACUGCCAGGACCUAAAGCUCAGUUCCGCUGUCAAUGCGCUGUCGAGCUGUUUGAAGGGCUCCUUGGUGCGCCUUACCAAAGACCGAUUCGGCUGCAGAGUCGUCCAGGCUGCCUUACGAGAGGCAAUGCCGGAAUUUCAGCAGUGUUUCGUGUCGGAGCUCCAGGGCCAAGUCCUCAGCCUCUGCCAGCACCUUCAUGCCAACUUCGUGUUGCAAAAGUCCAUCGAGCUCCUGGAGCCCCACCUGGGUGUCUUCAUGAUCACGGAGCUCAAAGACCAUGCGGUCUCAGUCGCGGUUCACGUCUAUGGUUGCCGUGUCUUGCAGCGUUUGAUUGAGCACUGUUCGCGCGAGCCACAACUUAUCGAAUUGGUUGACUCCAUGCUGGGCAACGCGGAGAAUGUCGAGAAGCUGCUGAAAGACCUCUUUGGCAGCAACGUGCUCCGAGCUUUGCUGGUACAUGGCACCGUGCAUCAUGUGAAAGCGAUUCUGGAUGUCCUCGGUACCAACGUCCUCAAGUUUGCGAAGCACAAGCACGCCUCUCUGGUCUUCGAGCGGUGUCUGGAGGUGUCGAGCAGCUGUGAAGAGCUUCGCCUGCCGCGGAAGCAGCUGAUGGCUCAGCUGAUUCAGAGCAACCUCUCGGGCAAGGCUCCUCUCGGCCAGGUUCUGCUGGAUCGCUUCGGCAACUAUCUGGCACAACGUGUAAUACAGUGCUGCUGCAGCGACGAAGAGGAAAUGAUAGUGAAGCUCUUGGCGUCCUGCUGGCCAAAGCUGCAGCGCUCACCGGUGGGAAGGCACAUCAUUGUGGCGGCCACGCGAAGGUUUGGACGGAACUUCCAGGAAAUUAUGAAAAAGAGUAGCCAAUAG